AUUUACUAAUACAGAACCAAUCCAAUAAACCAGUUCAUACAGGCCGUGUGUGACCGGCCAGCAUCAAGCAGUUGUCCCAUGGGCUCUGCGUUCACUCAGGUUCCACAGGAAUAGAUCAUCUUCCUUGGUGUGAACAGUCGGAAAGUAACAACCGCCCACAUACUUCCUAAAGCAUACGAAGUUCUCCUGAUCAUCCUCCUUUAUCCCUGUCACCCUCAUCAUCUUGCUUCCUUACUACUGUCGGUACUAUUCUGCAGAAUAAUCAGUCAUCUUCAUUUCAUUUUAUGACCACAAUUAACGAUGACAGCUAGUGAAACACUCCUGGCAAAAUGGUUAACCUCUUCAUAUCUUCCAAUGACUAUAGAGUAGAAUGGAGCAAACUGCUGAGCAGUGCAUACGUUAUUUGGUGGUUGUCCGGAUGUCACGCCGGUUCCAAAGAUCACUUAAGCUGGCAAAUGUCAGAAUAGUGUGUGGAUUUAUGCAAACACUGAGCUUGACACAACGUCUUCACAUUCUCAAAGCAUUACAUGCCUGCUUUAUUCUUACUCUUUUAUGCACGGGAAUUGUUGGACUUGUCCUAUUCAGUGCAAUUGUCAGCCAACCGAUAAGAAAUUGUCCUGUACUACAUGCAAUAUACACUGUCUUUUGGUUAUCACUUGGAUUGUCUAUCUUACAAGUUCUUCUAGCCAUUAUCUUCUUCUUAUGGUUUCUUUUCACAUUUCUUCUUUUCCCUGUAAAAUCAUCAGCUAUUAAUGAUUUGACUACAGGACAGUGUACUACACUUCAAGUUGACCCUCAAUCAAUCAAUCCAUUGGAUAAUAAUCCAUUCAGUUAUUGUACAGCAGCUGUUGAUAUUCAUUGUGGUCAGACUGCUGCUUUUGGACCUUUCAAUUUUUCACAUUCAUAUUGUGAUAGUGAAGAUACACUGGAUACUUCUUCAAGUAGAUGUUAUGAUUGUUGUCAAUUUAAAAUUGGAUGGCUUUGUUUCGGGUCUAUUUUUUUGGCAAUUUUAUCAAUUGGUUUAAUUCUAAGCAUGAUAUUAGUAGGCAAUUUUCUCAAUCAAAUGGAUACCAUUUUCAAUUCAGAAAUGGCUAGCAUAUUUGUUGAAGCUCGAGUGAGUUAUUUCAACUUAAAAACACAUAAUAAUAAUAAUAAUGCAUUCAUAUGUUGGGAAGUAAUACAAAAAACAUUUCAAUGUUGUGGACAAGUGAAUUACACCGAUUGGAGUUCAUUUGAUCAAAAGGCGUUGUUACAAAAUGAGAAUUUUUCUUUACCAGCAUCAUGUUAUUCUACACCUACAUCUAUACCUACAAGGAAUACUUCAUUCGAAGGAGGAGGAGUAGUAGCUACUCGUCAGAUUUAUACUUCAGGUUGUUCAAAUCUUGUCAUAAAAUCAUUAUAUUUACAAUUAACUGCAUCAAGAGUUUACCUAAUUGUAACAUUCAUCCUGCUGGUGACAACUUUUCUUAUUGACUUUGGUUAUACUUUAUAUGUGGCGCAUAUAACUCUUGUUGAAAAUCCUAUUGUAGUCGAUGGAGAUUGUAGUCAUCUUGAUGUAUGGCAGCAUAGGGGUGUAACCCCCGGAGGCGGAGUGAAUGCAGCCAAUACAACAACAAUAACAACAAUAACACGAAAAUUCUCUACACCUAAUUUUAUAAAUAAUCACAAUGAUAUUGAAUCUAUAUCAUCCAGCAGUAAUUCAAGUUCAUUGAUGUUUCAAAAUUCAGCAUAUCAACGACAUAAUAGUCGAUAAAUGACACACUAUCUGAUCUGAUUUGAUCUUUAAUAGUGGGAACCAAUUUUUUAAAUGCUUGAAAGAAAAAAAGUUGAAUUCUAGUCAUUUUGGGAUAAUUGUAAAGUGUGUAUAUUCUGGUGUGUGUGUAUGUGUGUAUCAACAUGCCUCCCUUCUUGAUUUUGUGCAUAUGACAAAAACUGCUUUCAUCAUCAUCAUCAUGUCUUACUUUGUUUGUUUGUUUUAUCAUGUCAUAUGUUGUCUUUACCUCGCGUAUAAAUUGCCUUUUUCGGGGGUUUUUCAUCACUCGCUAAUUUCUUUCUUAUGUCUUUUUAAAAAUGCAUUUCACUACCUGUAUUAAACACAGGACAUUAAAAACACAAUCAAAUGAACCAAUUACUACUACAUAUCAGGCAGUAAUAAUUUUUGCUUUAUUCUGUGUUUUUAUUUAUUUAUUUAUAUUGUCUUUCAUAAUUUUAAUCUGUGUACAGCCAAGUGCACUUCAAUACUUACACUUUUUAAUACAUAUUUAGUAGCAUUUGCUUUUAGUAUAGUUGGCUAGUUAGUUAGUUUGGUUUUUCCAACUAAACUGAAUUGUUUUUGUACCGCUUUUAACCGUGUAUCACUUUUCUGUCGAGCUGAGUUUUCGAUUCGCGAAAAAAACACACACACACAACUUCUAUCUAUCUGUAAAAUUACCUUGAUUGCAUAGUAUCUCCAAAGAAAAUGAUAAUGGUGGACGGCGGGAUAAACGCUGAAGAGAGACCGUUGAGUGACAUCGCAGCCUACAUCCUUGUGUAGAACACGAAUGGAAAACGAUGAGUUGGGCGUCCGUGUGUGUGUGUGAGGAGGAGGACUUUAGGAAAACGGAGUUGGAUGGAGAUGUUGUAUUGAAGCUUUUCUAUGUUCCACUUGGAACCUAGGGGAAUAAUUAUAGACGUAUAUAUGUGUAUGCAAUGAAUUUGUGUUCUUCUUUUCAUGCUACAGAUUUCUUACAAAUAUUUAAUAAUGUGAUCUUUAUUGAUAUUAUUAUUAUUAUUGUUUUCUCUUAAAUUGAUAGUUUUUGUAAUGUAAUCAAAUACAUGUACGUAACUUGUUG